AUGGACACCUCGGGUCCAGAGUCUCAUGGCCAGAGGCGCCGAGCUCACAAGAAGCCGCGCUCAGUCGCAGAUAUGACCCAUGAGCAACGCGAAAGGAAAAGAGAGAACGGCGCAGCUCAUGCGCCGGUUCCCACCACGUCUCAUGUUCGCGUUUGGGCCAUUUCGGCACAGCGCGCGGUUCGGGAAAAGACUAAGCAAAGGAUAGCCCACCUCGAAGGCGUUAUUAGACAGCUCAAAAGCUCAGACCAUAACAAAGAGCUCCAAGCCGCUAUCCAGGCCAAGGAAGCUGUCGAAGCCGAGAAUGCAGACAUCAAGAGGCAGCUAGCUGGUAUUACUGCUACUUUGCAACAGAUAAUCUCUCCCCGGCACGGAAACGAAGGUGAACACGCAUAUGCGUCACCGGCUAGCCAUGCCGGCCUACCUUCACACGCCUUACCCCCGCCGGCACCGUCCACGUGCACAAUCGCCUCGACACCACCCAGUAUCAUGUCACCAAUUGGUAGGACCGAGGCCCUCACUUCCCAUCUGCUACCACCACUGCAACAGCCCGGCAACCACCACACCGCCAUCAAUCAGCAUACGCAGACUCUGAUACGUCAAAGAGAAGACGUGCAACGCGGGCUGGAAGCCGGCCAAAAUCGCUUCGAUCUCAGUUUCCUCAUCUCGCGGCCUGGUAGCGUCCCUGAGUUCUUGUCUAUUAGUGGAGACAAGGCCAAUGGCUACGGCGCUUUCAUCGAUGCGCAAGGCUCCCAACAGAGCCCAAUCCACCACCAAGUGCCGCGGCCUCUUGCUAUGCAGCAACCUGUAGGUCAAAACCAGAGGUACCCUGGGCCGCCAAUGCCAAUAUCGAACAGCGCUGCAAUAUCACGCCCUUAUGCUCCAUCUGGCGACAAAUACCGUCUGCCCGAGCCGGAACUACCCCUCUAUGCGACGCCAGUCAAGAACAAUGAAACAUCUUGCUUGCUCGACGACAUUUUACUCAAGUUCCUCAGGGAACGUCACGACCUUCUUGCGCAAGGGCAGCCUCGCGCAGAAGUCGUUGGCCCCAAAUAUCCGUCCGUCUCGUCUCUUCUCAAUAAGGACAACACCACAGGAGCGCACCCUCUUUCCAGCCUAUUCACGGCCAUUAUAGGCACCUUCCCCGACCUUAGCAGGCUCCCCGAGCAGCUAGGAGUUAUAUAUAUGAUGUUCCUCCUCAUGCGCUGGCAGGUUGAGCCUUCCAAGGAGAACUACGAGCACCUCCCCCCCUGGCUGAGGCCCCUGCCCAUCCAGCUCACGAUGCCGCACCCCGCCUGGCUCGACCACAUGCCCUGGCCGCUCAUGCGAGAGCGCGUGAUUAAGAAUUACCGAAACUACCCCCUUGAAAACUUCUUUAUCCCGUAUACGUCGACGUUAUGGUGCCACUGGCCGUACGACGAUCUGUACGCCUUGAUUCGGAAUCCUGAUACGGACGAGAUAACUAUAAACCCUGUGUUCGACCAGCAUAUCCGGAAUUUGGAUAAUUGGUCUCUAGGGGAGGCGUUUAAGAAGAAGUUUCCUGAGUUGACGGAUACGUAUACAUAUCGAAACGAUCCGAGGCGCGCGUGA